GAAACUGCUGCAAAACACACAGCAGCGUCUCGAAGCUCAAUGCUUUGACGAGGGGACUGGCCCUGCUCGUCCCUCUGCGCGCGCCUCUGUCGCUCUUCCCCGAAAAUGGAAGAUUAGUUCACAUAUCGGGUAUGUUUCCAUGAAAUCUCUGCCUAUCUAAAGUAAAUAUUUUUAGUAAGACUCAGUGCUUCAGGACGCCAGUUCAGCAGAGCUCAUAUUCUAGAUGUCGCUGAACAGAGCCCGAUGAUGCUUCCCAGCCCAGUAACGUCAACCCCGUUUUCUGUCAAGGACAUACUAAAGCUGGAGCAGCAGUCUCACCACCACCACGGCCAGCCUCUGCACGCGCCCUUACCGGAUUUACAGCAACAACAGCAGCAGCAGCAGCAGCAGCAGCGCUUUCACACUCCACCAUCUUGCCUGCUUGGAGGCGCAGAGAGCCCCGGAUUCUCGGACAGCGAGGACAGGAUGGCUUUCCUCAACGCCCUCUCCGUACAGGACAACCUGGUGGAAAGCAGCCUUUCUCCGCCCAUGUUUGGCCAUCCUGCUCUGGGGCACGUCGUAGACGCAAAGUUAGAGGAUGACCUCGAAGAUCAGGAAACUAAGAGCUGUGGUGCUGCAGUGAGGUCCCCGGACUGUGAGCUGAACUCGGACCCGGACAGAGCUCAGAGGCAGAGAGCCAGGCGGAAGCCGCGCGUGCUCUUCUCCCAGGCGCAGGUUUUCGAGCUGGAGCGGCGCUUCAAGCAGCAGCGCUAUCUCUCGGCUCCUGAGCGAGAACAUUUGGCGAACACUCUGAAACUCACGUCCACCCAGGUCAAAAUCUGGUUUCAGAACCGAAGAUACAAAUGCAAGCGCCAGCGUCAAGACAAAAGCCUGGAGAUGGCUGGCCAUCAUCACCACCAUCCGCCGCCUCCGAGGCGCGUGGCGGUACCGGUUUUAGUCCGGGACGGCAAGCCUUGUCUUUCUGGAUCACAGAAUUAUAACGCUACCUACGCGGUGGGGUCCAACCCGUACGGGUAUAAUGGUUACUCAACCUAUAAUAAUGCCGCAUAUACAAACGCCUACAACUGCUCAUAUCCCAGUCUGCCAACACUCCCAGCAAACACAGGCGCCAACCCGUUAAUGUCCAUGAGUUUGAAUAAUCUCGGAGCGCACUCCCAGCCCCAGUCAUCACAAGGGACUUCCGUUUCAUCGUGCCAAGGACCUCUGCAGGGCAUCCGGGCGUGGUAAUGCCACAACAACCACAUGCCUUCUGUACAGCCUUGAAUACGAAGCUUCACGCCAAUAGCAAUUCAUUACAUAUAUUGUAUUGUGACUAUAGCAGCACGCUCCAGAUCAGCAGGGACACUUUACAUUUGAGAAUGUAGUCUAAAAUACGUAAUGACGCCAAACCUGUUGAUUGCAUGUAAAUUAAGUUGUUUCUGUGCUGAAAAUAAUUUUUUGGAUUUACAUGAAGUAUUAGUUUUUAAUGGGUUGACAUCUCAUGGUAUUGCAAUAUUUCUAUACCUUGCGUUGGACCAAAUGUUAAAUAAAAGUUUGGACGCUGGGGGAUGCAUGCACAUGCACAUCAAAACAGACAACUUCUUUAUCAAUCUUUACUGCUAGUAAAUAACUUGGAAUUACAGUACCGACUGCAUUAAACUACACUUAUGUGGACAUCUAGAUGCAAUGGCUCGGAGUUUACGACCAGACUUUCACCUAGAAAAGGUGCAGAUUUGCUUUUAAAUAAUUAUCCUGUUGAUCCUGAGAAUAAUAUUGUAUGCAGCUCAAUUCUUUUGGGCUCUUUUGUUAUUGCCUUAAAGUAGGCAAAGUAAGUGUUAAAAUCAGCUCGACGUUAUCAUCUGAUGCUCAGUGAAACAUAUUUGUGAAAAUAUCUUUGUGAAAACAGAAGAUGGAAUAAAUGAAGGAACACCAGGCUCCUCACUGGGGUCAAUGCAUAAAGUUUGCUAUAGGCCUGCCUAAGGUUUUCAGUCAUUUUAAAAGAAAGAAAGAAAGAAAGAAAGAAAGAUGUUUCCUGCCCCGCCUGUGCAUGAGAGGAGUUAUAAAAUAAAGCCAGUCAGUAUAUUCGCUCCGAUUGGUGAUUAAAUGAAAUGCACUUUGUUUCCAAGCUUCCCAGAGCUUCCCACUGAUUCAUUUGCGUUUUCGCCGAUCGAGCAUGAAGACAGUUGUUGUAUGGGCUAUUUAUGUUGAGACAGGCCAGGCGCACACGAGGCCUGCUGACGAAAAGCAGAAGCUCGACGGGGAACUUAAACAGACAUAAAGAGUGGACAUUAAUAUCAGCGUUUUGGUAAUUCAGCUGGACUCGAUUGCAGCUUUGCGAUGAAUGUGACCUAAUGUGCAGUCGAUUCAUUAUAGAUGGAGCCUACAGAGUGACUCAGUAUUAGCAUUGUUCAAAUAGAAUUAUUAUCUCUAAAAGAAUUCUAGAAUAAUAUGCUGUUGUUACAAGCAAAAUAUUUUGGAGAUAGAUAGAUAAAUAGAUAGAUAGAUAGAUGCCUGUCUAGUAUUUUCCUUUUAUUGCAGUUUCACUCCUGACAGUUUGUUUUAACUAUAACGACAAACUUUACUUUAACAGCUCAGUUAAAACGAGCUCCAGGAGAAAACGUGCUACUUGCUUGUUGGGCCAUUACAGGCGCGCUGCGUUUAUCCUGCAGAGGCUAGCCGUUGCCGAAGCUUUUAAUGGAGAUUAAUAGAAAUGUAAACAAAGCGUCGAAAAGACCUUGUCUGCGCCGAAAGCAAGGAUGACCACUUCUUCUGACUAGUGCACUACCGGUAGGACAUACCUGGUGUCAGGAUAAGUGGCCUAGGCCCUUGAGUGUAAAUAGCGCUGGCGACAGAGCGGCGAUGCCUCGGGACGCCAGGGCGCGUUCACACACACACACACACACACACACACACACACUCAUGAUUUGUAUCUAUGACCAGAUAGGAGCCCUUCCAUCAGGCUUAGGCUGCAUGGAGUUUCCCUAAACACUGGCUUUCUCAGCAGAGUAGUAAAGUGCCAGAUAACAUUUGACCACACUGUUUCUAAGCCAUGCUAAAACUGGAAGACUCUCAUUACAUAUAACAUUUGCCAUUAAUAGUUCAGCCAAGUAAGAUUAAAAUAACGAAUCCAUCCAUCCAAUGAAGUUUUUCUCUCUCUCUUUUUUUUGACAUUUUAUGGUUUUGCGGAAAAAAAGAGGAUAGGAGUGAAAUGAUAGACAUAGCAGAGUAACAGAUUUGUUUCAUUUAGCAUUUUACGCACAUGUUAAAGUCGCUGUUAGCUUAUACACCUGAUGGCCACACUUCAAGGCCUUGUUUUUUCAAUGAGUAAACAGGAGCAGCAGAUUGCAACCCCCUAUAUGGUGAUAAGGCUUUACUCGAUAUAAACAUGCACAGAUCAGUGUUUAUUUAGUAGUCGGUUCUGCUGUAACUGCAAACAGGAGACAAACAUCUCCUUGAAAUCACAGUGUUUAAACUAAGAUGGAGAGAUCUUGUAAUGGGGCUGGCCUGUGUGGGCCACUUGCUGUUCCCACAUGUGAAUAAUCUCACUAGAUAAACUCAUAGGAGUGUAUUACACAGUCAAGGGCGGCAUGUUGCCACCUCACAGGGUCCAGGGUCCGAGCGGGUUCCCUCGCUUUGCCUUGCGAUGGACUGGAGUUCCGGCCACUGCCUACGGAGAACAAGAGCAUCCACCGCGAUCCUGAUCAGGAAGUAAUGAAGUCCAACUCAUGUUCUGGAUCUCUCUUUUAAUGGACUACCAAAGAGCAAAUGAAUAGUGCAUAUGAAGGGGAAAUUUUAAGAACAUGCACGAGCGUAGAAAAUAGAAUGAGUGUGCAAAAAAAAAAAUAAAUAAAAUUAA